AUGUCAUCUGACGAGAAACAAAGUCAUCUGCCACCCUCCUCAUCCUCUUCUUCAAAUACGGUGCAGGAUGCUAUUGACCCUUCAGCGAAGGAGCAGCCUCCUGGCGACGGCAUAACCGCAACCGAUGACGGCGGAGCGGCGCUGGAGGCUGCGCAACCAGAGCAGCCUAAUCCGAAUGCCGUCCCUCCGCCACCCAACGGCGGUACUUUGGCUUGGUUGCAGGUUCUUGGUGGAUUCUUCCUCACAUUCAAUGCAUGGGGUAUCACCAAUACAUUUGGAUCAUACCAGGCAUACUACGAAACAAAUAUGCUCAAGAGUUCAAGUUCAUCCGACAUCGCCUGGAUUGGAUCUGUUCAAGCCUACCUUAUGCUGGUAACAGGCACCCUAGCCGGACCCAUCUACGAUGCCGGAUACCUCCGCGCCCUUUUGCUCGUCGGAUCCUUUAUGAUUGUCUUUGGCCACAUGAUGCUGUCACUUUGCCAUCAGUACUGGCAAGUCCUGCUAUCUCAAGCUUUCUGCGUCGGCAUUGGCGCAGGUUUGGUCUACGUUCCCAGUGUCGCUAUCCUUUCCACCUACUUCACCACCAGGAUCGGGGCGGCCAUUGGCAUAGCGGCUUCAGGCUCCUCCCUGGGAGGCGUCAUCUACCCAAUCGUCUUGCACAGGCUUCUUCCACGGAUCGGAUUCGGAUGGGCCACUCGCGUGCUGGGCUUCAUGAUGCUAGGCACGCUGAUUAUCCCAAACAUCGUGUUGCGCAUCCGCGUUCUUCCUCCUCAAACACGCACUCUAUUCGAUCUCAGGGCGUUUUUGAAUCCCCCGUACUCAUUUAUAACCUUUGGCUUCCUGUUGGGUUUCGCCGGACUCAAUGCACCCUUGGUUUUUGGCCAAAUCUUUGCAAUUUCGCAAAAGAUUACUAAUGAGGAUCUUGGGUUUUAUCUCAUCGCCAUUUUGAACAGCACUUCGCUCUUUGGCCGUAUUCUGCCGAAUCUCCUGUCGGAUAAGAUUGGCCCGUUCAAUGUCAUCAUACCAUGCGUUCUCAUGUCUGCGAUUCUCUGCAUACUCUUCUUGACCGUCACAACCUCGACCGGCAUUAUCGUCCUCAUGGCGUUCUAUGGUUUCUUUUCCGGAACCUUUGUGUCAUUGCCUUCGACGAUUAUCAUCUACAUCAGCGGCAAUACUAAACACAAGAUCGGUACACGCCUGGGCCAGGCUUUCUUCUUCUGUGCGAUUGGUAUAUUGAUUGGUACACCUAUUGGCGGCCAAAUUCAGAAGCACAAGGGCUAUGAAAACCUGUGGAUCUUUGGAAGUUGCUUAUUAUUUGCAUGCGCGGCCUUCAUUCUUGUCGCGAAGUUUACUUGGGAGGGAUUUAAACUGAAGAAGACAAACUAA